AUGUCGUUUCCCACAAAUUAUUACAACAAAUGCUUUGCAUUUAUCGUACGAAGUUAUAUGAGAUUUGCCAGGGAUGUAUCGGCCGCGCCAGAUGAAAUCCGCCAGAUCAACUCGCGGGAUGACGGCCGAACUAUUCCAGUUCGUCUGUAUCGAUCGUCUGGGAAGGGACCAUCACCGGUGCUGCUCAACUUUCACGGGAGUGGCUUCGUAAUACCUCUCCACGGCGGUGACGACGAGUACUGUCGAAGGGUCAGCCGCGAAACGAAGUAUACCGUCUUGGAUGUUCCGUAUCGUCUAGCACCAGAACACCCUUUCCCCGCAGCCCUAAACGACGUGGAAGAUGCUAUCAGAUAUGUCCUUACAAAUCCCGACGAGUUUGACUUGAACCAUGUGUCUCUGUCUGGUUUCAGUGCCGGUGGUAACCUCGCGCUGGUAGCCGCCUCGAACCUCUUCCCGCGCGAUACUUUCCGAUCCCUGGUGACAAUCUAUCCGGUGACCGAUCUGAGCCUCGAUCCUGCGUUGAAGAUUGCACCAACCAGAGGAGAUUUUGUAAUUCCGAUUCCCGUGAUGCGCCUGUUCGACCGCUGCUAUAUACCCUCGUCCUUGGACAAGCGGGACCCGCGCCUUUCACCACUCUAUGCUCCGGCAGAUCGUUUCCCUCGACGAAUGCUGAUAAUCACUGCGGAUGGGGAUACCCUCGCAGUGGAGGCAGAGGCACUGGCCCAGAAGAUCCAGGAUUUGAAGGGCUGGCAUGUGGACAGCUACAGAAUGAUCGGAUGCAGCCAUGGGUGGGACAAAGGCACGAGGGCGGGAACCCCGCAGCACGAAGCCAAAGAACGGGCUUACCAGCUGGCAUUUGACAUGUUGAACGAAUAG